AAGGUGUACGUACACAUGAUACAUCGAAGGGAAGUGCUCAAAGGUGUUAUUUUUAGUUAUCAAACAUGAACCGUUUCAAAACGUCUAAGUAUCGUAAUGCUGGAGCUAAGCCAGCGAAAAGAGAGAAUUGGUACCUUGAUCUACACAUUGGAAACUUAAAACUGUCAUGUGGCAAUCACAUCAAAGCAAGCACUAGUCAAAUGGCUUUUAAUGUGGAUUUUGGAGGAGGAGGGAGUUUGGGUGUUCUCAACCUUGAUGAUAUUGGUCGCAGAGAUAAAGCACCUCCAUACCUACAAUGUCAUACAGACUUUGUCUCUGACAUGGAUUUUUCUCCCUUUUUUGAUGAGAGUCUACUUGCAACUUGUUCAUAUGACUGCUCAAUUAAACUAUGGAAAUUACCCAAGAAUGUGUGUACUGAAAAUGUACCUUCUUCACCAGUCAGUGUUCUUCCUAUUCAGCCUAAUCGUGUAGAAAAUGUUAUUUUUCAUCCAACAGUCAGUGAGGUUUUAGGUAGUUCUUGUUCCAAGACAGUGACCAUAUGGGACUUGGAAAAGUGUCAACAAAAAUAUGAGCUCAGCGGUCACGCCGAUGUUGUGCAAAGCUUUAGUUGGAAAGCAGAUGGGUCAUUGCUGGCYACUUCCAGCAAGGACAAAAAGAUACGCAUAUUUGAUCCGAGAGCUUCAACUUGUUCUGGGGAAGGCAGUGGCUUCAGCGGCGUCAAGGAUUCUCGUGUUACUUGGCUUGGACAUAGAAACCAAAUCUUGGGAACAGGGUUUUCUGUGGCAAGACAACGUCAAAUAGUUGUUUGGGACAUUAAUAAUCUGACUUUACCACUAGAAACUUUAAAUGUUGAUUCUAAUACAGGUAUCUUGAUGCCAUUUUAUGAUCCUGACACAGAUAUGCUGCUUCUGGCUGGCAAGGGAGACUCUAGUAUUUGGUACUAUGAAGUUAAAGAAAGUGGAAAUCCAUACUUAUACCAAGUGUCAGGUGAGAUGGUGGAUUUUCAAAGUAAGGGUAUAGCUUCAGUGCCUAAAUGUGGUAUGGAUGUCAUGUCCUGUGAAGUUAUGAGAUUAUUGCAACUCACUCCUAAUGCUAUUGUACCUAUCAGCUACAUUGUGCCUCGCAAGGUAAUCAUUGUCACUAGGAAAAAAGUUAGUCUUCAUCCAUCCAAAAAUACUUCAAAUGAAUGCGAGCAAAAACAAGGCUUAAAAAGCAUCAAAAGUACAUCUGCUGAAAAGACACCUCCAUCUAAGACUUUAGAACUUUCAAGUACGACAAGUCAACUGGGAGAAGAUACCGUGUCCGCUAAACAGACUGUUUCUAUAGUGAAAAAAACGUAUACCAGUGCAAAGACAUCCAAAUUUCGUCACAUUGAAGGUAUUGCUAUGCACAAAAACAACAAUAUAGAGAACAUUCGUAAUCUGAGCAUGUCAACAUUUGGGGAGUGUGAUGGUCUACUGGUGAAUGAUAUGUUUGUGGCAUGGCUAUUGUCUGGACCAGGUGGACAAAUAGCAGUCCAUCCAUUGUCCAAGCCAUGUCGUUUACCAGACACAGGGUUACCAAUGAUUCAGUGUGGAAGUACAGUAAUGGACUUUGUUUUUGAUCCAUUUAAUAACCAUCGAAUAGCUGCAGCUUGUGAAAGUGGUUCAGUUAGUGUUUGGGACAUACCCAAGGGUGGACUUGUAGACAUUAUUGCAGAACCAAGCAUCAAGUUGAAAGGUCACCAUGACAAGCCAACUAUAGUGCGUUAUCACCCAACAGCAUCUAAUGUACUGGCAUCAGCUUCUGCUGACUUGACAAUCAAGAUAUGGGAUAUUUGCACCAUGCAAUGUGUCAUUACGUUACAGGGUCACAAUGAGCAGAUAUUUAGUUUUUGCUGGAGUUUGGAUGGAAAGCACAUAGUAUCAGUAAGCAGGGAUAAGAAAAUUAGACUSUAUGAACCAAGGUCAAGUACAACAUGCACACAGAUGGGUGACGGUCCUGAAGGUAGCAGAGGCGCUCGUGUUUUCUGGGCUGGUCCUAAAAGUGAGCUUCUGGUUCUAUCGGGUUUUAGUAGGUCAAGUGAGAGAAAAUUAAUUGUAUAUAACUCCAACAAUCUUUGUGAACCUCUGCAAUCUGUGUCACUUGAAGUAGCACCAUCAAUAUUAAUACCUUGGUAUGAUGAUGACACUGGUGUUGUCUUGUUAUCAGGAAAGGCCGUUGGUUUCUUGGAUAAACGUUCAAUUGAUGUCCGUUCAGUAGAGGUAGCAAGAGGUGUCAAACUAACGAAGACCAACAUUGAACUCAUCCAGUUUAGAGUUCCACGUGUAAAGAUGGAAUAUUUUCAAGAUGAUCUUUAUCCUGACACUAAGAUUAAAUGGGAACCUGCUCUUAGCAGCAAAGAGUGGUUUUCAGGCAAGAAUAAUCAGCUCAAGACAAUGAGCCUAAAACCUGCAAACAUGGAAUCAUUGACUGAUAUUCCGAAAGAGGCUCCAUCUACAAAAAAAUAUGACAGUACGAGAGAACUACAAGACUACAAAUCAGACGAACAAAAGAAAGAAAUGCUUGUUACUGCAAUGGUAGAAAAGUUGGGUAAUUUUGACGAAGAUCCUUUGCCUCAAGACCUGAUGGAAGGGGUGGAAGAUGAUGAAUGGGAUGACUAGGAAUAACAACACUACUACAGACUGGGAGUUUCAAGCACUGUCCUCACAUCAUCGUUGUUUCGAAUUCAUUGUUUUACACAGUAAUUCUAAUGGUUGUCAAACUGAUUAAAUGAACAGCCAAUGGAAUUACUGAUUACUUUUAAAUUGUUCUUUCAUUUUAAUUUUGCAAUAAGUCGUACAAAAUAAAUAAUGAAAACUACUGACUAUU